CGGUCGGUCGGGUUUGAACGGCCUUCCGUCCAAAACGGCGCAAAAAUGGGUAUUACACAAGAAGAGAUUAAGAAUCUUUUAAAAGAAGCAAUAGAACCCUUAGAACGAAAGUUAGACAAUCUGAAGAACGGGUUUCAGGAGUUAAAACGUUUAGUUGACUUCGUAAAUGGGAAAUACGAUGAUGUACUUGCACAGUUGAAACAAGCUAAUGAGAAGAUUCAAAGACAGGGAACGAGCCUGAGGCAGAUGCGGAAAGACCUAGACGAUCCAACAAAGCAGGCUCAAGACGCAAUGAAUGGCUUUGAAAACCUGGCGGAAUAUCUAAGGAGAGACUGCCUUGAAAUUUCGGGCGUCCCGCCGAGUGAGAGUUACACGUGUAAUCAGCUUGUAAUGGCGGUUGGGCAAGCUAUCGGCGUACAAGUGAAGGAGGCAGAUAUAUCGACCUCACACCCAUUGCCAACUUUUAAAGAAGAUGCACCACCAAAGAUAAUAGUCAAGUUCACGAGAAGGGAUAUGAGGAAUAGCUUCUAUACGAACCGAAGGAAGCUUAUUGACAAGAAAGCUAGUGACCUCCCCGAUCUUGGUAUCACUGCCGAAAGC